CUCCACUUGCGGACACUACACUGGGACUGUUCUGUCCAGCCAUCAACACUCUCGGACCAACUUUAAGGAAACUAACUCACUUUUCUUCGUUUCUCUCCAGUUUUAGACUCUUCCACGGUGCAACCGCAGAAGCAUUUGCAGCUGGACUUGGACCUACUUCGGGGCUGAUGUCGACAAAGCCAAAGCGAGGGAAACCAGGGACUUGACUGCGCUCCAACUGGCCCGACUUCUGCCAGGGACACAACUGCACAGUGUUCCCUGCAAUUUAUGUCGGUCUGAUUCUGCCAGCUCUGCAUAAGGAUGACCGGCGAAGAGUGGGACAGACUUUGGCUUGCGCAUGAUAAACAUAGAUAAUAUUCCACUGAAGUAUUUGAUGCUGCGGGCCUCGGCUUCUUAGUCAUUUAGAUUAUAUGUUUUCAGAACUUGGAGGAACUGUUAAGUGUUGAAGUGAACUGAAGUCUUACUUUCCAAAUAGUUUCAGGGUUAACGGAACAUUUUUGAGCUUCUUGAGCAUGAAUCUCCAGGAAAAGCUCUCGGGCCUUAAAGGUCUGGUGACGCACUCCCACAGCAAACGGCGUUUCAAAGCCGACCUCACGGUGGACAUGAUCAGCCCCCCGCUGGGCGACUUUCGCCACACGAUGCACGUCGGCCGUGGCGGUGACGCGUUCGGGGACACCUCCUUCCUCAGCAACCACGGCGGCUCGGCGAACGGGGACAACGACGAAACAGACUCCGUGUCCCCUCCAGACAACAAACUCGGGGCGUUUUUCUCCAGGACGAUCCGACAAAUCAGGAGGGGCUCUGACAACAGAGCCAGAGAAGGAUCUAAGGACAUGUCACUGCCUCCUCCGGCCAUUUCUCCCAUCAUCAAGAAUGCCGUCUCCCUUCCAAGGCUGGACGUGGACAUGUAUAAUGGGAGCCCCACCACAAAGGUGCUCUUCCCCAGUUCUCAAAGCACACCAGGGGAGAGGAAGAGUUCUUACGGUUUGGAGUCCGGCUUCGUUACACUCCCUCGUCUGUCCCGCUCCGAGCGACAACAACCCUCCAUCUCCAACUCCGUCCCAUCCCCGAUCAACGUGAACCGUGGCUCUCUGACCGACCCCUCCGACGCCACCUUGACCGCCCGCUCUUCCGCCGUUGUGACGUUGGACCCCAAAUCAACCACAUUUUCCAGCUCCUUCGCCUCCCUCACCUCCCUCGACACAUUCAACUUCGACCUGGGCCCCUCCCUCAUGAGCGAGGUGUUCGGACUACUGGACAGCGACAGUCAACCGUGGGAGAGAGACGAGACGGGGUCGCCGUGGGGAGUCGCCAAUGAAGAAUCUGAGAUGGACUCUGCUACCAUCUCUUACGUGGACUCCUUGCUUCGAGAGGAUUGCGCCGGGGGGAAGAGUCCCCAGGGGGCGGAAUGGGAUGACGACGAGGGGGGUGCCAAUGAGGCAAACGGAGUCGGGAUGUCCGGGAAACUACCUGACACACUGAAGGAAGGCUCACCUGAGAGAGCGAGAUUAACAGUGCGAAUGGAAAGUGAGCGAUUCCAGAGUGCCGUGGAUGUGCUCGCACGCCAUUACGGUGGUCACUCCAGGAUGGAGGCGGUCGAUUCGGAGAUGACGAAGAAACUAUCCUACAGCUACACGGAUGAUGACGAUGAUGAAAUCAAAGUCUGA